GAUCUUACCAACGAAGAACGGAGGCAGCGAGAGGAUGCCGAGCUAGCAGAGGUACAGGCGACGAUAGAUCGGCUUCUUAAAGUUGUCGGUCUGGACGAAGAUGACCCGCCUCAGGCGUCUGCAGGCUCCGGAGCGACUCCGGAGGCUGAACAAAGAAAUGCCGACUCGCAACGGCCGCCGGGGAAUUGGAGACCAAGUCCUCGGCGGAGCCCCUCGCCGGCCGUCCGAGUUGUCACGUCAUCGUUAUACUCGGACCGGCGUGAGGGGGAUGACGCUGGAGAUGAAAAUGGCGAUGAUGAUUGGGGUUAUUGGCGGGCCGACGGUUCGAGGACAAGCUCCUGGCGCCGGACUGAGGACCGCCGACUCCCGCCAGCCUUUCCCAGCAGUACGGCCAGGAGAUGGUUUGGUGCGAGCUCUGGUAAGACGAGCAAGCAGAAGAAGAGUAAGAAGAAGAAGGACGCUGCACCUACAGCGAGACAGCAGAAGAAGGCGGAAAGAGCCAUCGAGAGGCGCUUGGCCAAGAUGAGUAGGUCGUCGGGAUCUGCCCUUGCUAGGCCCAAGCUACCUGGCAGGCCCCCGGAGAUGCCAAAAAAACUUUACUCCACACGGAUUGGUCGCACCAUCGAGCGAGGAGAUCUCAACAGCUCCGAACUUCGCGAUGAGAUGCUUCAUGCUGCCCAGCAAGUUCUGGGCGGAAAGUAUUGGAGAGACCCGGACCUGGUUGUUACGGGAGAAGAGGAUUUUUCCAGCGGAAGCAUUUGCAUGUCUGCAGCAGUGCCGAAGCUGGACGUCAAGGUGAAGAUACCCGUCACCCCGCAGCUUCAUGCUCUUCCGGAGGGGCGCGCGCUUGUAAGACAGUUUCUGUCUGCCAUUGCCUUGCUAAGAUUGCAGGCUCAGGAGCUGGCCACCGCCGCCGCCGCGCCACCGGAGGUUUCCAGAGCCGAGAAAUACAGGCAGCCGGCACCUUCCAAAGCCGCAAACUCGAACAAACGCCAGGUCCCAGCCGCCUCAACAGGAAGAGUGUCGGCCAUGGAUGAGUUGAAAGAGCAGGUGGUGAGGGCCCUGGAGGUGAGGUCGAUGACGAUUCAGGAUUUGAGCAGCCAAUUCGGACCUCGUUUGAAGGAGCUGUCAUCCAAUCCAAAGAAGACGAAGUUCUGCAACUGGCUCAACGAAAUCAGCGGUGUGGUCGUGCCCAUGAAGGGCGGACACCCUGACAACAAAGCGCGUGUCAUUUUCCGGUCCAACAGAUCUACGCGGCCCCGGAGACGCGAGCGCUCUGCGAGUCCGCCGAGGACUUGGGAAGGAGCUGCUCCUCAAGCCCUGCCUUCUGCCUCUUUAAGCAGCAUCGGCACGGACUUGCGUGGAGUCUGGGCGCUGCCCGCACCGCUUCUUCCCCCGCUGGCACCCUCCUACGGUCCGUUGACUCCAGAGGAGGGGAGCCGCCAAAUCACCUGA